AUGGCUGCCGCCAACCGGUACCGCUCUGUACCCACAUCGGAAUACGACAUACAAACAGCGCCAAUACCACCGUCCACAUCGCAACUACCACCACCAGAUCAGUUUGCGUUCAGCACCACGCUCCGCAAGGCAAACCCGGACGAGCCUUACGUCGGCGCUGCAUCAGGUCACAUCGCAUACCCACCGCAUCGUGCCACGGGUCACAAGCCAAACGCAUCGGACGCUUCCUUUCGUCCAGCAGCAUCGAUCGACCUUCACCACUCUUCAGCGCCCUCGUCGAGCGUCUCAGCAUCAGCUCACUACACACACCUCUCGGUGCAGCAAUGUCUCGAGAGCUUGCACUGUCCCUCGCUCGACACCGGUCUCUCACCGCUCCUGGUCCACGAGGCGCGUAGAGAGGCGGGCGGAUACAACGAGUUCGCCGUCCGUGCAGGAGACGAGCCCUGGAAAAAGUUCCUCGCGCAGUUCCAAGAGCCGCUCAUCCUCCUGCUCCUCGGCAGUGCUGCAGUCAGCUUGCUCAUCGGCCAGAUCGAUGACGCCGUCAGCAUCACCAUCGCCAUCGUCAUCGUCAUCAGCGUCGCUUUCUACCAGGAGCAAAAGUCUGAAAAGUCGCUCGAGGCGCUCAACAAGCUGGUGCCUCACUACUGCCACCUCGUCCGUGAUGGCGUCAACUCAAGCGUGCUCGCCAACGAGCUGGUUCCCGGCGACGUGGUCACGUUCAGCACCGGUGAUAGGAUACCAGCCGAUGUGAGGAUCUGCGAAUGUGUCUCGCUCGAGGUGGACGAGAGCACUUUGACAGGGGAGAUCAAGCCCAGACGAAAGCAUGCGGAUAUAGUGCCUCGAGCAGCAGGCGAAACUGCCGCAAAUGGCAGUGCCAACGGGUCCAACGCCAAUGGACACGCGGCCGCCAACGGCACCCAUGACGAUGUCGCACACUCCACAACAUCCAUCAACGAACGCGAGAACAUCGCCUUCAUGGGUACUCUGGUCAAGUCCGGUCACGGCAAAGGCAUCGUCGUCGGCAUCGGUGCCACCACCGAGUUUGGCAUGAUCUUCAGCAUGGUCGAUGAAGUCGUCGAAAAGCGCACCCCACUCCAGCUCAGCAUGGACGAGCUCGCCAAGAAGCUCAGCAUCAUCAGCUUUGCCGUCAUCGCCGUCAUCUGUCUCAUGGGUGUAUGGCAACGACGACCGUGGCUCGAGAUGUUCACCAUCGGCGUUUCGCUCGCCGUCGCUGCCAUCCCAGAAGGCCUCCCCAUCGUCGUCACCGUCACGCUCGCGCUGGGUGUACUGCGCAUGUCACAUCGCAAGGCCAUCGUCAAGAAGCUUCCCUCUGUCGAGACGCUCGGUUCGGUCUCAGUCGUCUGCUCAGACAAGACGGGCACGCUGACGACCAACGAAAUGACGGUCACAAAAUGCUGGACCGCCGAGGACGACAUUGUCGAUGUGGCUCAGCACAUGUCUCACAGGCACACGCAAGCGCUUUCGAGGCUGCUGCUAACAGGGAACCUGUGCAACAACUCGCACAGGAACGAGCUGGGCACCAACGUGGGGCAAGCGACCGACGUCGCCUUGGUCAACAUCCUCAAGGUGUUUGGAUUGGAAGACCAAAGACCCUACUUCAAGCGGAGCUCGGAGGUCGCUUUCGAUUCAGAGAGCAAGUUCAUGGCGGUGACUGGCGUGCUGAGCACAACAGGUGCUGGCACAGCUGAAGCAGUGUACGUCAAGGGUGCUUUCGAGGUGGUGCUGGCCAAGAGCAGUACAGUGUUGGGCGCAGACGGAUCGCCGCAACGACUGGACGAAGCGUCGAGAGGGCGGAUAACGCAAGCAGCCGAGAAGCUUUCGAGCCAAGGGUUGCGUGUGGUGGGAUUUGCAUCAGGUUCGAGCGGCAGUCUGGAACAGCGCACAUUGACCUUUUCGGGUCUGCAAGCCAUGCAAGAUCCUCCACGACCUGGAGUCAAGGAAGCCAUCGCUUCGCUUGCACGUGGCGGUGUCCAAGUGGUCAUGAUCACCGGCGACUCGGAGGUCACUGCUGUAGCCAUGGCCAAGCAGCUCGGAAUUUUGUCAUCCUCCGCUUCGUCGACAUCAUCCGUCCUGACCGGGCGUCAGAUUGAUGCGCUGACCGAACGGCAGUUGCAGGAACGCAUCCCCUCGAUCUCAGUGUUCGCACGCACUACACCUCGGCACAAGAUGUCGAUCAUCUCGGCGCUGCAAUCCAGCGGUGCCGUUGUAGCCAUGACGGGAGACGGUGUGAACGAUGCACCUGCGCUCAAGAUGGCCGACAUCGGAAUCAGUAUGGGCAGAGGAGGCACGGAUGUAGCCAAAGAAGCGGCGGACGUGAUUCUGGUCGACGACAACUUUGCCACCAUCCUCGCGGCUGUCGAAGAAGGUAAAGGGAUCUUUUACAACAUCCAAAACUUCCUCUCGUUCCAGCUGUCCACUGCGGUUGCAGCGUUGACGUUGAUCACCUUGAGUACAGCGUUUCGACUCAAGUUGCCUCUCAAUGCGAUGCAGAUCCUCUUCAUCAACAUCCUCAUGGAUGGACCGCCGAGCCAGAGCUUAGGUGUGGAUCCGGUGGACAGGAAGAGCGUCAUGUCACGACCGCCGCGUGCCAAGAAUGCUCCGGUGCUCAACAAAAGGCUUCUGUACCGCAUCGCAUUCAGCGCAACAAUGGUGGUGUUGGGAACGCUGUACAUCUACAUCCACGAGCUCGUUCCCGUCGACAUCGAAGUGCCCACCUCACCCGACGGCAUACACACGUUCGAGAUGAAGCCAGGUGCGAGGAUAGCAGAUCAAAGGGAUUCGACGAUGACGUUCACCUGCUUCGUGUUUUUGGAUCUGGUAUCUGCGGUUCAGAAUCGUGGAUUGUAUACUCCGAUCGGAGCGAAUAGGAUGUUGGGUUUAACGGUGAGCAUCUCGUUGGUGGCUCAGUUGGCGAUGGUGUACUUCCCACCGCUGCAGGGAGUUUUCCAGACGACGGGGUUGGCGUUGGCGGACUUGGUGUUUUUGGCGAUGAUCGCGGGCGUCAGCUUUGGACUGCACGAGGUGAGGAGGACGUGGGAGAGGAGGGUGGCGGAUGAGGAGGUGAAGGAGUUAGUGUCGAGUGGCGCUGGCGAGUGGGCUUAG